ACGCCCUCUCACAAACGAAAAACCCUAAACUUUGUAAAUUUAGGGUAUUUGCUGUUCACUGUACCAAUUUCGAUGCUUCUUUCUUGAACCCUUAAAAUCUGUAAUCAUGUAUGGAGGUGACGAAGUAUCGGCCGUAGUAAUUGACUUGGGUUCCCACACUUGUAAAGCUGGAUAUGCGGGUGAAGAUGCUCCCAAGGCCGUAUUUCCAUCGGUUGUUGGCUCAAUUGAUCAAAUGGAUGUUGAUGAUGCUGUCAAAUCCGACUCUGGAUCUGCCCCUGAUUCUAAAACUGUUGCCAGAUCUUUUGAUUCAGAUAAAAGCAAGACUAAGCGUAAAUUCUAUGUUGGAUCUCAAGCUCUAGGAUACCGCCGGGAUCAUAUGGAGGUGCUUUCUCCUAUAAAGGAUGGAGUAGUUGUGAACUGGGAUAUAGUUGACAGCAUAUGGGACCAUGCAUUCAGGGAACGCUUGUUAAUUGAUCCAAAGGAGCAUCCCAUGCUACUCGCAGAACCAUCUUCUAAUACUCAACAACAGAGAGAAAGGACCGCCGAGCUUAUGUUUGAAAGAUACAAAGUCCCUGCAUUGUUUUUGGCCAAGAAUGCUGUUCUGACAUCUUUUGCAUCCGGUCGUGCUACCUCUUUGGUUGUUGAUAGUGGUGGUGGAUCUACUACUGUCACACCUGUACACGAUGGCUAUGUACUUCAGAAGGCUUUGGGAACAUCUCCUAUCGGGGGGGAAUUCCUUACUGAGUGCAUGAUGAAAAGCUUAGAAAGCAAAGGCAUCAUGAUGAAGCCUAGAUAUUCUUUUAAAAGAAAGGAAAUUAGGCCUGGUGAAUUUCAGACAGUAGAUCUUGAUUUUCCAAAUACAACAGAAAGUUACAAGCUCUACUGUCAGAGGGCAAUCGCCAGUGAUAUCAAGGAAUGUGUAUGCCGGGCCCCAGAUACUCCAUAUGAUGAAAGUGCAUAUGCUAACGUCCCAACAACACCGUAUGAGCUUCCAGAUGGACAGACAAUAGAAGUUGGAGCUGAUAGAUUCAAGAUUCCAGAUGUUUUGUUCACUCCAUCCUUAGUUCAGCAGACAAUUCCCGGUAUGGAGAGUUUUUCAGACUCUGCUCCUGUUCGCGGUCUUCCCCAGAUGGUUGUUGAGAGCAUAAAUAAAUGUGAUGUGGACAUCCGAAGGGAACUAUUUAGCAGUAUACUGCUUGCUGGGGGCACAGCAUCAAUGCAACAGUUGAAAGAACGCCUUGAGAAGGACUUGCUAGAGGAGUCUCCUCAAACAGCUAGAGUUAAAGUAUUGGCAAUUGGGAAUUCAACAGAACGGCGAUUCAGUGUUUGGAUUGGAGGGAGCAUUCUGGCUUCUCUUGGUUCUUUUCAGCAAAUGUGGUUCUCCAAAGCAGAGUAUGAGGAGCAUGGGGCUUCCUACGUACAAAGGAAGUGCCCGUAGGAGCCUUUGUAGUUAGAUUUGUUAUUUACCAUUUAAAGAAAGUGCGGUUGGUACGAUAAAUCGAGACUCUGAAGACACCUUUAGCCAACUGAGUCAAUGGAUGGUUUUCUUGAGCUUAAAUCUAUUCAUGUGUGGACAAAGGAGAGAAUCCGAUCCAUUACUGGAGAGCUAGACAAUCAACAAGAUAUCAAUUGCAGUGUAUUGAUGAUUGUUUUAAUGAAUAUACAGGCUGUAGAUGAUGAUUGUUUUAGUGAAUAUACAGGAUGCUAGAUUAAAUUUGAU